CGCUCGGGUCCACAGCUCUAUGGGGAAAGCGGCCGCUCCGAGCCGAGGCGGCGGCUGCGCUGGCCGCUCCCGCGGGCUCUCGUCGCUGUUCACGGUUGUCCCCUGCUUGUCCUGCCACACGGCGGCGCCGGGCAUGAACUCGUCUACAUCCGGCUCAGGGCCGGAGCCCAAGCCUCAGCUCCAGCCUGUGCAGGCACCAGAGCGGGAGUUGCUGUCCGAACAGGUGUGCAAGCCAGUUUUUGAGCCGGUGCCGAGAUCCGAACCUGGGCCCCAGACGACGCCAGGACCCUCAGGGGCUGGGCAGGAAUCGGAGCCACAGGGCUUGUGGCCAGAGUCAGAGGCAGGCCCAAGAGUAGGGGCUGGGCCCUUCACCAAAACCCCACCGGAGCAGUUGCCUCUGGGAUCAACAGUGGGGGUCGUGCCCCUGGCCAAACCCGAGUCCAGGUCGGUGUCAAAGCCCCAGCCCCUUCAGCGACCAGGACAGGCGAAGACGUCUGUUGGGAGCCCAGUUUCAGGGACUAGUGCACCAAUGGUCUCACCUCCUCUGGACAGCUACAAGGGCUGGCUCCUCAAGUGGACUAACUACCUGAAGGGCUACCAGCGCCGCUGGUUCGUGCUGGGCAAUGGCCUGCUGUCCUACUACAGAAACCAGGGUGAAAUGGCCCACACCUGCCGUGGAACCAUCAACCUGGCCUCUGCACACAUCGACACAGAGGACUCUUGUGGAAUCUUGCUAUGCAAUGGGGCAAGGACCUACCACCUCAAGGCCGGCUCCGAGGUGGACCGGCAGCAGUGGAUCACCGUCCUGGAGCUGGCCAAGGCCAAGGCUAUCCGCGUGAUGAAAACUCAGUCAGAUGAUUCCGGGGAUGAUGACGAAGAGCCUGCUGCCCCAGCUGACAAGAGUGAGCUCCACCACACCCUGAAGAACCUCUCCUUGAAGUUAGAUGACCUCAGCACGUGCAAUGACCUCAUUGCUAAGCAUGGCGCGGCGCUCCAGCGGUCCUUGAAUGAGCUGGACAGCCUCAAGAUCCCACCAGAGAACGGGGAGAAGCUGAAGGUUGUGAAUGAGCGAGCCACCCUCUUUCGCAUCACGUCAAAUGCUAUGAUCAAUGCCUGCAAGGACUUCCUGGAACUAGCGGAGACUCACAGCCGGAAAUGGCAGCGGGCUCUGAGUUAUGAGCAGGAGCAGCGCGUCCACCUGGAGGAAACCAUUGAGCAGCUGGCCAAGCAGCACAACAGCCUUGAGAGGGCCUUCUGCAACACCCCUGGUGGGCCGGCCAACCCCAGCAAGAGCCUCAGCGAGGGAAGCUUCUUGACUUCCAAAGGCGAGAACAGUGAAGAAGAUGAAGAUACUGAGUACUUUGAUGCCAUGGAGGAUUCUGCAUCUUUUAUCACCGUGAUCACCGAGGCCAAAGAAGACAGAAAAGCCGAGGGUGGAACUGGGUCAACCUCUGUGGACUGGACCUCAGCAGAUAAUGUACGUGAGGUAUUAGAUGGAACCUCAUUCGUACCCAAGGAUUCAUGCAAAGUCAAAAGGCGAGUCCGCAUCCCUGACAAGCCCAACUACAGCCUUAACCUCUGGAGCAUCAUGAAGAACUGCAUUGGCCGAGAGCUCUCCCGGAUCCCCAUGCCGGUGAACUUCAACGAGCCUUUGUCCAUGCUCCAGCGACUUACAGAGGACCUAGAGUACCACCACCUGCUGGACAAGGCGGUGAACUGCAGCAGCUCGGUGGAGCAGAUGUGUCUGGUAGCUGCCUUUUCUGUCUCCUCCUACUCCACCACCGUGCACCGCAUCGCCAAGCCCUUCAACCCUAUGCUGGGGGAGACCUUCGAGUUGGACCGUCUGGAGGACAUGGGCCUGCGUUCCCUCUGUGAGCAGGUAAGCCACCAUCCCCCGUCUGCUGCCCACCACGUGUUCUCUAAGCAUGGCUGGAGCCUCUGGCAGGAAAUCACCAUCGCCAGCAAGUUCCGGGGAAAAUAUAUCUCCAUCAUGCCGCUUGGUGCCAUCCACCUAGAAUUCCAAGCCAGUGGUAAUCACUACGUGUGGAGGAAGAGUACCUCGACUGUGCACAACAUCAUCGUGGGCAAGCUCUGGAUCGACCAGUCAGGGGACAUUGAGAUCGUGAAUCACAAGACCAAGGACCGGUGCCAGCUAAAGUUCGUGCCCUACAGCUACUUCUCCAAAGAGGCAGCCCGCAAGGUGACUGGAGUGGUGAGUGACAGCCAGGGCAAGGCCCACUAUGUGCUGUCCGGCUCGUGGGACGAGCAGAUGGAGUGCUCGAAGAUCGUGCACAGCAGCCCCAGCUGUGACGGGAAGCAGAAGACCGUGUACCAGACGCUGCCUGCCAAGCUGCUGUGGAGGAAAUACCCGCUGCCGGAGAACGCGGAGAACAUGUACUAUUUUUCGGAGCUAGCCCUGACCCUCAACGAGCAAGAGGACGGCGUAGCACCCACCGACAGCCGCCUGCGGCCUGACCAGCGAUUGAUGGAGAAGGGACGCUGGGACGAGGCCAACACCGAGAAGCAGCGGCUGGAGGAGAAACAGCGCCUAAACCGCCGAAGGCGCAUGGAGACGUGCGCGGCGGGCUGCGGAGGCGAGGAUGAAAAGGAGUCAGACAGCUAUGCGCCACUGUGGUUUGAGAAGAGGCUGGACCCGCUGACCGGGGAGAUGGCCUGCAUGUAUAAGGGCGGCUACUGGGAGGCCAAGGAGAAGAAGGACUGGCACAUGUGCCCCAACAUCUUCUGAGCCACUCCUGCGACAAAUACAGGCGCCUGCACAGCCUCAGCCUUUUCUUUAAUGCACCCAAUUUAGUACUGGACCACACACACACACACAUGCACACACACACACACACACAUUCACACACUUUCCCCCCCUGAAAGGGGGCUCCCUCCCUGGAAGAGAUAAAGGCCGACCUAGGUUUUCUCCAGCCCCCAGGUCGCCAGCCUGUUAUCACUGACUUGGGCCCCAUGGGCACCCUAGUUCCCAGUUACCACAACUCAGGCAGGCUGACUGGGCCCCUGGGCUGCUCAGGUCACUAACCCCAAUCCAGGGAGGAACUAUCCCCUCCUAGGGAGCCUCUUUUGACUUUUUUAAGAAAAAAAAAACCCAAAACUCCUUUUCUUUCUAACAAUGAGGUUUAGUAACUAUUUUUAGCACAUGACUUAGAAGACUUGCUUUCCAAGCGUGUGUUCUUGCCCCAAAACUGUCCUGGCGAGAAGCACUCUUCUAAAGACAUACGGAAGCCCCGCCCCUUUGAGUGGGGAGCAUCUGUAACCCAGCUGGGCUGUGUCUCCGGGAGUUCACGCUCCCAGUCGGCAGGCACAGAGACAGCCCGAAGCCUGCCCGACCUGCACGGGUGUGUGUGGGUCCCUGUGGGGACAGACAACUCGCAGUGGGAGCAAGGAGGCAGCCCCCGCUGUGAGCUGACAGCAGCAGCCCCUGCCAGGCCUUGGCCAUGCUGGGACAGUGCCCCAGUCCCCAGAAGGCCAAGAAGGGCUGAAAGGCAGGGCCCAAAGGUGCUUCCUGCCACGAUCCAGGCCCCCAAAUCAGCAAUAAGGAACAAACCCUUCACUUAACCUGGGCUGGUGACCUAGGCUCUACAGACACCUGGCCUCCCGCCUUGUCCCUAGGCGGCAUCAGGGUCCUCAUCUCAGCACUCCUGACAUCUUUAUUUGCCUAAUUUAUAUAUAUAUGAUAUAUAAAUAUAUAUAAAAUAGCUAUUUUGCUUAAAUUUCUAUGAUCUGUGAACGUGAAAAAUGAUGAAGACAGGGUGUACCUGUCUGAGUUUGGCCUCCUGUCAGCUGGACCCCGCCCUCUCCUUGGACCCCUCCCUCCCAGCGGCUUCUGCCAACCUUGGAAAUGAACCCUGUUUCUCAGACCCUCUGACUACACCCCACUUCAGUUUGGUCUGGAAAGUUCAUCAUUGCAGGACUCUUCUUUCUACUCCAGGGCUGUUUUUUUAUUUAAAAAAAAAAAAAAGAAAGAAAGAAAGAAAAAAAAAGAAAGCAAGAAAACACCGAGUGUGAAAUGCCUUACAG